GUAUGUAAAUGUGUAAUAGAAGCCAAAUAUGGAGCAGUUGGCUGCCGCCGCCGCAGCUCAAGGAUCCGACUUCGGGGGGGUGGGGGGGCACCCUCUGGCAGGCGGCCCGGCGAGCCGCACAGAGCACGGCGAGCGCACGGCGCGGCUGCCGGCCGGCGCCCUUAACCCUUCGGUGCACCCGGCUGAAGCGCCCGUCCCUCCCUCCGGGGGAGGCCCGGGGCCUCUCCGCGACCGCGGCUCCGGAUCCCCGACCCCGGCCGGCCGGAGGGGGACUGUGCCUUCCAGGUCUAGCAAUCCGCCGCGGGAAUCGAACGCGUCAGCCCUAGCCCCGGGUAGCCAGCCUGCUCGCCCCUCUCGCACCCAGCUGGGGAGUCAUUCAUCUCAUCGGAAGUGAGGUAACCGGUGCACCGAGCAUUUUUUUUUUUUUUUUUUGAGGUUCUUGGGAAUCCAAGGCGAAGGAACCUCCCCUGUCCCCGUGGUUAAAGUCAGGCGUGGAGUCCACGCCCGUCCCCUCCGGCUGCGCCGCCCCGCCAGGUGUGAGUCGGUGGGGAGGCAUCUCCGGAGGAGAGCACGGUGCCAGCAGGUGUGGCGCCCGGCGGAAGGGCGGCGCAGCCUCCGAGGGUCGCUCCGAGCCGCGUCCUCUUCUUGCUGCAGAUGAUUCUCCAAGGCCAGUAGGUGUCAGGCCAGCAUCUGACCCCUUCCAGGUGCUUAGUUAGGACGGAGAGUCUCGAAACCCGAUCCCUCGGUCUCGCUGAAAGCCGCUGCUAUUGACUGCCAGCCGAGGCUGAGAGACCUUUUUGGCUCCGUUUACUUAUGACCUAACAGUUAGUCACUGCCUGAGCCAGUGUACAGAGACACCAAGAGAAAUGUGGGAGCUUUUAAACUACUGUAUUGAGGAGCCAGUACUUCAGAAGUUAAAUAAAAAAAAAAGGCCGCG